AUGUUGAACUUGGUGAAUAUAUUGAUGUGUCAGAAGAGUAGAAUUGAAUCACGAGGAUCUCCGCUUUGCUCUACCAUAGUGGUCAGUAGCGAUACCGAUGAUAUCGAUUCGGAUUCGAAGCAAAUAUCGUUUGUUCAAGUAUCGUUUCCCUGUGAGGAAACAAUUUGUUUGGAAGUAAAAAUUACGAUGGUUAACAGUGGUAAACAAAAUUGGAGUCACAAACAAAUGAGUAUCAGUGAUCACUUACUCCAUGUAAAAGGUGUUCUGCAUUUAUUGCGAGUUCGUUCUUCAGUCAAGAAGUUUAUCCCUUCCUGGAAAUUUUAUAUGCGACUGGUGCAGCGUUCAAUCCAGGCACAUUAUUAUUGUUGA